AAAAAUGAAACAUUCACUUUUGUUUUCUUUUUUCUUUUUUCACUAAUUUUAAUUCCAUUUUAACCAGAUUCUUUUGAUUCUCAGUCAGAGCCAACCUGCUCAGCCAUGGCGGCCACUCUCCCGAUUCUGCUAACUAUCUUCUUCUUCAGAUCAACUGCAGCAAUGGCGGAAACUGGUUCGUAUAUCGUCCAUAUGGAUUUAUCCGCCAUGCCGUCUCCGUUCUCCGACCACCAUAGCUGGUUCUCGGCCACUCUUUCUUCUGUCUCCGGUCGGAAACCAGAGAUUAUCUACUCUUAUACCGAUUCUAUUCAUGGUUUUAGCGCACUUCUCACCAUCUCCGAGCUCGAAAGCCUCAAACGCCAAACCGGGUACGUUUCCUUUACCAGAGAUUUUCCGGUUCAGCUUCAUACCACGCUUUCUCCGCAAUUUAUUGGCCUCAAUCCCAAUUCUGGUAUAUGGCCGGUCUCCAAUUACGGCGACGGGGUUGUGAUUGGUUUUGUGGAUACCGGAAUUUGGCCGGGAAGCGCCAGCUUUCACGACGAAGGAAUCAGUUCGGUUCCGUCAAAAUGGAAAGGGACAUGUGAGUUCAACUCUCCUUUCGUGUGCAACAAGAAACUGAUAGGCGCUAGGGUUUUCAACAAAGGGCUGCUCGCUAACAUUCCUAGCUUGAGAGCCAAGGCAAAACGCCAUUAUUCCUCCCCAUAUGACACCAUCGGACAUGGAACCCAUGUUUCCGCCAUAGCCGCCGGGAACCACGUGAAGAACGCCUCUUACUUCGCUUAUGCAGAGGGAACGGCUUCCGGGAUUGCGCCACGUGCCCAUAUAGCUGUAUAUAAAGCCGCUUGGGAAGAAGGAAUCUACUCGUCCGAUGUGGUGGCAGCCAUUGAUCAGGCAAUCCAAGAUGGAAUCGACGUUAUAUCGCUUUCGUUGGGGAUAAGCUUCGACGGAGUAAGUCUAGAAGAUGACCCGAUAGCUGUGGCGGCAUUCGCAGCAUUUCAAAAGGGCGUCUUCGUGGUCGCGUCGAGUGGAAAUGACGGGCCAUUCUACUGGAGUUUGAUCAAUGGAGCUCCGUGGAUAACAACUGUCGCCUCCGGCACUGUUGGUCGGAGAUUUGAGGGGAUUCUUACAUUAGGAAACGGAGUUAGAGUGAGGUUUCCGUCUCUGUAUCCCGGAAAUUUCUCGUCAACCCAGGUUCCGUUGAAGUUCACGGAAUCUUGCGAUAUCCCAAAGGGUAAUGAGAGCAGCAAGAACAAGAUAGUUGUCUGUAACGAUUACGCGGAUGUCAGAAGCAAGCUCGAACAGGCCCAAUCUACAGGAGCUGUAGCAGCAGUUGUAAUAACAGAUAAAUUUCUUUCCGAACAAGAAACGAUCCGAAUCCCAUUUCCGGUGGCAUUCGUCAGCUCAAAGCACAGAGAAACCAUAAAAGACUACGCAAAGAACGACAUGAACGCAACGGCGAAGCUGGAAUUCAAGAAAACAAUGACUGGGGCCAAACCUGCACCAGAAGUGGAAAGAUACAGCUCCAGAGGUCCGUUCCCGAGCUGCCCUAACGUGCUCAAGCCGGACAUUUUCGCUCCCGGGACGCUGAUACUCUCUGCUUGGCCGUCGGACAAGCAGGUUGCCGGAACCAGGACAAGACCACUGUUCAGCGGAUUCAAUCUGUUAACCGGGACAUCAAUGGCGGCACCUCACGUGUCGGGUGUAGCAGCGCUUAUAAAGCAAGUGUAUCCCAGAUGGAGUCCAUCAGCGAUCAAGUCUGCUAUUAUGACUACGGCUGAAACAAUGGACAACACAUUAGGCCGAAUCAAAGACAUCGGAGAUAAGCAUCGACCGGCUAACCCUCUGGCCAUUGGAGCCGGACAUGUAAACCCAAACAAAGCACUGAACCCGGGACUGAUCUACGACUCGACGCCUCAAGAUUUCAUAAACUUUCUCUGCCACGUGGCGAAAAACCCCAUGAAAUUGGUCAAAGCCAUCACAAGAUCGAAUCUUUCAAACAUUUGCAGAAACCCAUCUCCCGAUCUCAAUUACCCUGCAAUCAUCGCUUACUUCACUGCAUAUCAAGACAAUUCCGGAUCGAACCAGACAGCCACCAAGGUCUUCAGAAGGACACUGACCAACGUAGGAGAAGCAAAGAGAAACUACAGCGUGAGAGUCCGAGGAUUAGAGGGUCUAAACGUCGUCGUAGAGCCAAAGAAGCUCGUGUUCAACGAGAAAUACGAGAGACUGAGCUACACUGUGAGAUUGGAGAGUCCGAGGAUGUUGUUGCAGGAGAAUGUGAUCCAUGGGUUUGUGAGUUGGGUUGAUGACGAAGAAGGAAAGUAUGAAGUAAGCUGUCCUGUGUUGGCCACGAGCCUUGUCCAAGAUUCUUAGUUGGUAUUCUUUUUUUUUUCAAUUUUCGUACCAUUAAAAAAUAAAAUCGUCGUUUUUCUCAA